UACUUGAUGUAAUGAUUGAAAGCUUCGAGACAUGCCAGGAACGCUUAUCCGAGCCCCUAGAAGAAGUUAUCGCAGUGCUGAGCAUGUAUUCUCUUGGGUGUGCUUACAAGGCUUUUGAAGCCUGUACCGAGUUGUCGUCCGUUUUUCCGUACGCGGACUCCUCUACCUCAGAUGCUUAUGCUAUUCUUCUUAGCGGGUUAUAUAAUGUCGAUUGCUUGAGAAGUUGACCAAGCCACUUAGGGUCAGCUGCGCUUCCUGGACGGAACUGACCAGCUAUUUGCGGACAACACCAAUUUAUCCUGGGUUUGCUCGACACCUGAGGAUUAGGAGCGCCAUGGCUCAAUGGUCAGCACAUGAAGAUGAGCAGCUGCGGAAGCUUGUCAAGGAGUAUGGGCCAAAAAGGUGGAGCGUUAUUGCCUCCAAGUUAAAAACGAAAGGCAGCAAACAGUGCCGGCGCCGAUGGAAAAAUCACCUAAAUGCUGACCUCAAAUCAGGAGGAUGGACAGCUGACGAGGACCGCAUUCUCUUGGAAGGCCAUAGAUUAUAUGGUAAUAAAUGGACGGAAAUAGCAAAGAUGGUCGGAGGGCGCACCGAUAACGCUGUUAAAAACAGGUAUGCGGCCCUCUGCAAGCGUGACGCUAAAGGCACGCAGCGGGGAGGUGGAGCCGCCCGGGGGGGCAGAGGCGGCCGGAAGCCGCGUCCCUCAGAUUCGGACGGCGGCGCCAGCGACGUGGAGAUGGACGACGACUCUGAUGACAACGAGGAGGCGAAGCGGACGUCGUCCUCCUCCGCCAGCUGGGAAGCCAGCCCCGUGCGUCAUACCCGUGGUCACGCGUCGAGCGCUGCAGCCGCAGAGAAAGCAGGCGUGAAUUCCACGCCUCCGCGCAGCGGCCCUCAAGCUGCUCCCAGUCCGCCGCAGGCUAAAGCUGAAGCCCCUGCGGCCGCUGACACCGAUGCCGUAGUAUCAACCGGUGUACGCAGCUCAUUCCUGGGCCGGCGGCGACAGGCUGGAGGAGGCGGCGGCGGCAGCCCGCCGCUGCUGCCGGAGCCAGAGGCAGGGGGUGGGCCGGCGAAACGGCGGGCGCUGCUGCAGAGCAGCGGCGUGGUAUCGGCUGCUGCAGCUGCUGGCGGCAGCGCCGGCGGCAGCGGUGCGAGUGGAACGGUUAUCAGACAGCCAAUUACAACACCACAAACACCCUUGGUGCAAGUACCACAGCAGAUGCAGCAGCAGCCGCAGGAGUCGUUGAUCACCGCCUAUCAGCACCCGCAACAGCCGGUUUCGGAGCGCAUGGGGCUUGGCGCGCGAUCUGGGUCAGCGGCCGCGGGCGCGGGCGCGGGGCGGCCUCCUGGAGCGGCUUCCUUUGGUGUCCAGGGCUUGGCGUUGGAGAGGUCUCCCCCCCUGCAGCAGCAACAUCAGCAAUACCAGCACUACCAGCAGCAGCAGCAACAACCGUACCAGCGCGACAAGCACCUGGAUUCCAUGCACCACCCCUGCAGUAGCACCGGCGGUGGUAGGGAAACGGUAGAAGUAGUAGCAGCCUGCGGUCAGCCCAAGAAGCUGCCAUUGACCAUCAACAUUCCCAACGCGGCCAGCGCGGAGCCGCAAGCUGUGCAGCAGCCCAACGUCGGGGCCGCGGUGCACGGCAUUGAAAUUCGCGUUUUAAAGGAUCUUCUGACGCCGUGCGAAAUUCAGUACGCGCGCGAGCUCAACGAUAUGCAGCUGCCGCUGCACAUCAACGUUGACGAGGACUCCACCGUGCUUGCGGUCAGCCAUGGCGGAGGCUGCUCGCUGCUCGGAGCUGCCAGCAGCGAACCGCCGCUCACCACCAGCCGCCAGGCCGCGCACAACGCACUGACAGCGCUUUUCUCCCCCAACAGCGUCGCCGGCGGCAGCUCGGGCGAUUUCAACGACGUGCUCAAGUGGUUCCAGUCGGGCUUCACGCCGCGCAGCUCCUGCGGCGACGAAAUGACGCCGCGGCAGUUGAGUCGAAUGGGGCUGACGCCGUGCGGGCUCAGUGGCGGCAGAGGCGGCGGCCUUCACUGCGUCGAGGAGGCGGGCAUGCUGGGCACGGGCUUGACGCCCAAGUGCCUGUUGGACAGCGGCAGCCCGCGGAGCCAUGGCGGCAUAGGCGGCCUGACGCCACAAAUGCCAGAGCUGUCAGCGGCGAAGCGCGCGCGGCGGCAGGUCGAGGUGGCGGCAGCGGUGGCAGCGGCCGCCAAUGAGACACCAGGGACCGGACCGCUGGCGUUGGAUAGCAGCUGCGGCCUGGGUCGGCAUAUCAUGGGACCUGCUACCGGCGGCAGCGGCGUGGGCGUGUCGCUUGGUGGCGGCGGCCAUGGCGGCAGCGGUGCGGUGGCGGCAGCGGCCCUGGGGCUGACGUCGCCGGGAGGCACGGAGCUCCAUGCGGGCCAUCGGCAGCUGCUGACUAAGCUAAUUCAAACAGCCGCGGGGGCGGAUGCGAACGGGCAGGGCGCAGUGAGCAGCUGCGCUGGCGGUGCUGCUGGAGACAUGAAUGGCGGCAGGCUAAGGGCUGCCGAAGCCUCUGCAGGGCUGCGUGCCCCAGCCAGACCCCAUAUCGGCUCCUCGUCGAAGCUCUUCUCCUGGUCCCGGCUCGCACCGCUUUCCCCGUCCACUGGUAUGGUCACCCCGGAGCCCCUGACGAGGCGCGGCUCCUUGACACGAGACCUCAGUGGCGCGGGGAUGAUGAUGGGGCCGAUGGCGGCGGGGGCCGGAGGCGCCGACUACCAGGGCGCGGGCACAUCAGGCCAGGUACCCAACGCGACCAGCUCCGGUGGCGUUGUUGUAAUGCCGUACUUCACGCCACAGGAGCUCAUGCUGCUGCUCGAGGUACUUAACUCCGAGGACCUUCAGGCGCUUCCGCCGCCGCCUCCCCCGCCGUCACAGCAGCAGCAGCAACAACAACAACAACAACAAUAACAACCGCAGCCGCCGGUCCUGUAAGAACCGCCGCCCAACCGGCAAAAUGGCGUCGGCGUGCCGCCGGUCGCCAGACAGACAUACAGACAAACAAACGGAAGGAUGCAUUGCUCUCCGGCCUGAAUAGCGCAGCGAGCUCAGUACAGUACAACUCAGCGCGCUUCGUGGCGGGGCUGAAAUCGGCGCAAUAUGUUACAGUUGCUUGGACGAAAAGUAUUCAUGUCUUUAUUAUCCAUUCGUGAGCGCUGUGAUCGUAUCACAACCGCUGCGGUUCACUUUAUUGGUUGACAUGCAAAAGAAGGGUGGUACAUCGCGAGCUGCUCUACCGUUUUAAUCGGGUGGACGGUUGGAAACGUAAGGCCAC